UCUGGCUCGGCGGUGUCAACUUCGUCUCUCAAGAGUGGGAACGCGGCUGCCACCGCGACCAUGGGCGGGAAGAACAAGCAGCGGACCAAAGGGAACCUGAGGCCUUCAAACAGCGGCCGAGCUGCAGAACUCCUUGCCAAGGAGCAGGGAACAGUGACUGGAUUUAUUGGUUUUGGAACAUCUCACAGUGACCUUGGCUAUGUUCCUGCUAUUCAAGGAGCUGAAGACAUAGACAGUGUCGUAGAUGCUGAAUUCCGAAUGGUGCUUCGGAAACUUUCUAAAAAAGAUGUCAUAACAAAAUUAAAGGCAAUGCAAGAGUUUGGAACUAUGUGCACAGAGAGAGACACGGAAGCUGUCAAAGGGGUUCUUCCAUACUGGCCAAGAAUCUUCUGCAAAAUUUCCCUUGAUCAUGAUCGCCGGGUUCGAGAAGCUACACAUCAAGCUUUUGAAAAACUCAUCCUUAAAGUAAAAAAGCACUUAGCUCCAUACUUAAGAAGUGUAAUGGGACAUUGGCUAAUGGCUCAGUGUGAUACAUAUCCACCAGCUGCAGUUGCAGCAAAAGAUGCAUUUGAAGCUGCUUUCCCUCCAAGCAAGCAACCUGAAGCUGUAGCGUUUUGUAAGGAAGAAAUUACAAGUGUACUACAAGAUCAUAUUCUAAAAGAAACUCCUGAUACACUCAGUGACCCUCAAACUGUUCCAGAGGAAGAGCGAGAGGCCAAAUUCCAUCGAGUUGUGACGUGCUCCUUAUUGGCACUGAAGAAGGUGCUUUGCUUCUUACCUAACAAUGAGCUCGAGGCUCUGGAGGAGAAAUUUAAAUCACUUUUAUCACAGAAUAAGUUUUGGAAGUACGGAAAACACAGUGUACCUCAGGUCCGCUCAGCAUAUUUUGAGUUAGUUUCUGCUUUGUGCCAACAUGUUCCUCAGGUGAUGAAACAGGAAGCUUCCAAAGUGAGUUCAUCUGUACUGCUUAGUAUUGAUGACAGCGACCCUGUUGUCUGCCCAUCUCUCUGGGAAGCUGUGCUCUACACACUGACAACUAUUGAGGACUGUUGGCUUCAUGUAAAUGCAAAAAAAAGUGUGUUUCCCAAGUUGAUGGCUAUGGUGCGUGAAGGUGGCCGGGGUCUAGCUGCUGUCAUAUAUCCUUAUCUUUUACCGUUUGUCAGCAAACUUCCCCAGUACAUUACAGAGCCAAAGCUGGACUUCUUCAAAAAUUUUCUCACCUCUCUAGUUACUGGGCUGUCAACAGAGAAAACCAAAGCAAACUAUUCUGAGUGUUCAGCUAUCAUCUCUGCGUUUUUUGAAUGUUUACGAUUUAUAAUGCAACAAAACUUAGGCGAGGAGGAUAUGGAGCAGAUGCUCAUCAAUGAGCAGUUGAUCCCAUUUAUUGAUAGAAUUCUCAAAGACCCAGGAUUGCAACAUGAGUCAAUGUUUAACCAUUUAGCAGAAACAUUAAGUUCUUGGGAAACCAAAGCAGAUGGAGAAAAAGAGGCUGAAACGGAUUACAACUUGGAGAAUGUUCUGCUAAAUUUCUGGGAAAGACUGUCAGAGAUCUGUGUGGAGAAAAUCAGUGAGCCAGAUGGGGUUCUGAGGUCUGUUUUGAGCGUGUCUAACCUAGUGGGGGUCCUUCAGAAGCCAAGGAGCUCAUUGAAGUCAAACAGAAAGAAAUGUGGCAAGGUCAGGUUUGCUGAUGAUACACCUGAAGUUAAUAAGGAGAGUGAAAAAUGCAUGUCUUCAGGAGGAGAGAACAGUGAAGGCGCUGAAGGAGUGACAGAAUCUCACAAUUCUUUAGACCUUGUGUCUCCUUUAAGGAAGAAAUAUCUGGAAGACUUAGUGUGUAAGCUUGCAGAGGUGAGCAUUGACUUUGUCAAUGAGCAGAAGUCAGAGCAACACAUGCACUUUCUCUCUACACUGCUCGAUUCCUUCUCCUCAGGCCAAGUAUUUAAAAUUCUCCUCGGUGACGAUCAGAAGAAUAUUGACAAACUCAAAUCUCUGGAACUAGCCCAACUUGUACAAAAAAAUCCUGCAGUGCAGUUCUUAUAUCAGAAACUGGUAGGCUGGCUAAAUGAGAGCCAGAAGAAGGAUGGGGCCUUCCUGGUGGACAUGUUGUAUAGUGCCCUCCGAUGCUGUGACAAUGAUGUGGAAAGGAAAGAUAUCUUGGAUGAUUUAACCAAGGAGGACCUGAAAUGGAGUUCUCUUCUUCAGAUCAUUGAAAAGGCAUGCUCUAAUUCAGAUAAACAUGCUUUAGUAACUCCCUGGCUAAAAGGCAGUAUUCUUGGAGAGAAAUUGGUUACCUUGGCAGACUGUCUUUGUGGUAAGGACUUGGAAUCUACAGGAUCUCCCGAAUCUCACUCCUCAGAACAAUGGACUCUGCUAAGACUGGCAAUAUCCCAACAUGUUAAAAAUGAUUACUUGAUUGGAGAAAUGUAUGUUGGAAGAAUUAUUGCUAAACUUCAUGAAACUUUAUCCAAAACAGAAGACUUGUCAGAAGCUGAGAACAGUGACUCCUCAGUGUCUUUUGUUUGUGAUGUGGCCCAUAGCUACUUCAGCUCAGCAGGAAGAGGCUUACUAAUGCCACCAGCUGAAGACUUGAUGUUAACUCUCUUUCAGUUAUGCGCUCAGAGCAAUGAGCGAAAUCACUUGCCAGAUUUUCUGAUCUGUAAACUGAAAAAUACUUUGCUCUCUGCCAUAAAUUUAUUGGUCCAUCAAACUGCAAGUACCUAUGAGAGCACCUUCCUACGUUUGUCUGUUCUGUGGCUGAAGGACCAGGUUCAGUCUUCAGCUUUGGAUAAUACAAGCCUUCAGGUCCUCUUGUCUGCUGUUGGUGAUUUGCUGAGCACUCUUGUAGAGAGCAAGGAUCCUUCUCUUCUUGGAGGUUACAUUGGAAGUGUAAUGCCCAGUGACAGUGAAUGGGACAGGAUGAGGCAGUCUCUUCCUAUUCAGUGGUUACACAGACCUCUUUUAGAGGGAAGGUUGAGUUUAAAUUAUGAAUGCUUCAAGACUGAUUUUAAAGAACAAGACACAAAGAUUCUUCCCAGCCAUUUGUGUACUUCAUCAUUAUUGAGCAAAAUGAUCUUAACUGUACAGAAAAAGAAACUAGUCCUAGAAAACAAUGUCCUCGAGAAAAUAAUUGCAGAGCUGCUGUAUUCAUUGCAGUGGUGUGAAGAACUUGACAAUCCACCAUCUUUUCUAACUGGAUUUUGUGAAAUGCUUCAAAAAAUGAAUAUAACUUAUGGCAACUUAUCCGUAUUUUGUAAUACAGAUAGCCUUUUGGAGCUGUUAUUUAACAGAUCUAGAAAAAAUGGCACACUUUGGUCUCUUAUUAUUGCUAGGUUGAUCCUUUCCCGAAGUAUUUCAUCUGAUGAAGUAAAACCAUAUUAUAAAAGAAAAGAAAGUUUCUUCCCUCUAACAGAAGGUAAUUUGCAUACCAUUCAAAGUCUCUGUCCAUUUUUGUCUAAAGAAGAAAAGAAAGAAUUUAGUGCUCAAUGUAUACCUGCUUUUUUGGGCUGGACUAAAGAAGACCUUUGCAGUAUUAAUGGAGCUUUUGGACAUCUUGCCAUUUUUAAUUCUUGUCUUCAAACCAGAAGUGUAGAUGACAAACAGCUGUUGCAUGGUAUAUUAAAAAUUAUAAUAAGCUGGAAGAAACAGCAUGAAGAUAUUUUUCUUUUCAGUUGUAAUUUAUCAGAAGCAAGUCCUGAGGUUCUGGGAGUGAACAUAGAAAUCAUGCGAUUCCUCUCCUUGUUUCUGAAGCACUGCUCGUACCCUCUAGCGGAGAGUGAAUGGGACUUUGUCAUGUGUUCCAUGCUGUCUUGGCUGGAGACAACCAGUGAGAACCAGGCCUUGUACUCUGUUCCACUUGUGCAACUCUUCGCCUGUGUCAGCUUUGACCUGGCCUGUGAUCUCAGUGCCUUUUUUGAUUCAGUAACUCCAGAUACCAUUGGCAAUCUUCCUGUAAAUCUGCUCAGUGAGUGGAAAGAGUUUUUUUCUAAAGGCAUCCACAGUUUGCUAUUGCCUCUUUUGGUAACUGCUAUAGGAGAAAACAAAGACCUGUCUGAAACCUCCUUUCAGAAUGCAAUGCUGAAACCCAUGUGUGAAACGCUAACGUACAUCUCGAAGGACCAGCUGCUGAGUCACAAGCUCCCUGUGAGAUUGAUUUCCAGCCAGAAAACAAACUUGCCAGAGCACCUGCAGACUUUGCUAAAUACUUUGACCCCACUGCUGCUCUUCAGAGCCAGACCUGUGCAGAUUGCUGCUUAUCACAUGCUAUACAAACUGAUGCCUGAAUUACCACAGUAUGAUCAGGAUAAUCUGAAGUCAUAUGGAGACGAAGAGGAAGAACCAGCCUUGUCACCGCCGGCAGCACUGAUGUCUCUCCUCAGCACUCAGGAGGACCUGCUGGAGAAUGUCCUGGGCUGUGUUCCUGUGGGGCAGAUAGUUACCAUUAAGCCACUGAGCGAGGAUUUCUGCUAUGUUCUGGGAUACCUCCUUACUUGGAAGUUAAUACUUACUUUCUUCAAAGCUGCUUCAUCUCAGCUUCGUGCUCUGUAUUCAAUGUACCUUCGGAAAACAAAGAGUCUGAAUAAAUUACUCUAUCAUCUGUUCAGACUUAUGCCAGAAAACCCUACUUAUGGAGAGACAGCUAUUGAGGUGUCAAAUAAGGACCCCAAAACAUUCUUCACUGAGGAGCUUCAGCUGAGUAUUAGAGAAACAGCAACUCUGCCAUACCAUAUUCCACACUUGGCAUGUUCAGUCUAUCAUAUGACUUUAAAAGACUUGCCUGCCAUGGUUAGGCUGUGGUGGAACAGCAGUGAGAAGCGUGUUUUCAAUAUUGUAGAUAGAUUUACCAGCAAGUAUGUCAGCAAUGUUCUUUCUUUUCAAGAAAUAUCUUCUGUACAAACAAGUACACAGCUAUUCAAUGGCAUGACGGUUAAGGCGCGAGCUACUACUCGGGAAGUGAUGGCUACUUACACCAUUGAAGACAUAGUGAUUGAACUUAUAAUACAGUUGCCUUCCAAUUAUCCCUUGGGUUCCAUAACAGUGGAAAGUGGGAAAAGGAUUGGGGUGGCUGUGCAGCAGUGGCGCAACUGGAUGCUGCAGUUAAGCACUUACCUCACCCACCAGAAUGGAAGUAUUAUGGAAGGCUUAGCAUUAUGGAAGAAUAAUGUAGACAAACGAUUUGAGGGUGUUGAAGAUUGUAUGAUCUGCUUCUCAGUUAUUCAUGGUUUCAACUAUUCUCUUCCCAAAAAAGCCUGUAGAACAUGCAAGAAAAAGUUCCACUCUGCUUGCUUGUACAAAUGGUUUACAUCUAGCAACAAAUCAACUUGUCCACUCUGUCGUGAGACCUUUUUCUGAGGUGUUUUUUCAUUGGAAAUUUUCCCUGCAGUAAGUCAAGCCAGAGGCAGUGGACUUGGUUUCAUCUUGAAGUACCGAUGUGAGGAAGCCAGUGAGCAUGACAGAAAUGCCAUCUCUGUUAUGUGAGCCUCAAGUCAGGCUCCCCUCUCUUUAGAUUUGCUUUGUAAAUCUUUAGAAACUUUCUUUUUACAACAUUACAUACUUGAGAGAACAUAUUUAUAUUAAUGGCUUAAUCUCUUUGUAUAUUUAAAAAUAAAUAUAUCUCUUCUCAAAAAUAUCCUAAAUUAUAAAACUGAAAUUUGUAAAAGCAUAAACUAUAUUAUAACUUAUAAAACCAUCCAGUUUAUUGGUCUGUGUUGUAGAACAGUCCAAGUGUAAGGCAAGUGAACUGAACUGAUUUAAAUUUAUAGGUAAAACUAAGAUUUGUUUGUUGGUGAUGACAAACAAUAAGUAAAAAUUACUGAAUUUCAUAGAUGAUAAAGUGACACUAAACUAUUUACAUCCAUAUCCAAAGCUGUUUGAAGCCUGCUCUGAAACCUCACAUGGAAGAAUGAACUGAACUCCAAGCAGCUCUGUUGAGACUUACAAAAUUCAUAAAUUAUAUCCAUGACAUUAAUCUUUAGCUUGUGAAACAAUUAUUUCCUAUGUUAAUGAGAUUUGAAUUGUAAAUUUGUUGGAUGAAGUUAUUACUCCAUUCAGUGAGUCUCCAAAGAGUGGGAAUUUGAAGCAGUUUUUAAAUUAUUCUUGUGAAGUAAAAUGGUGGUUGUCUAUUAAGAAAGGAAUAAGUAUUACUAAAGUGCAAUGACGUGUGGAAAAACCAAUACUUAAAAAUGUUGUAGGAGACUUUAAAUUUUGUGAGCUAAUUACUUAAAACUACCAGAAAUGAAGAAUUUAGUAGUAAGUAAAGUUAAGUUUUUCUGUUUUGAGAUAACAUCUCACUGUGUAGCUCUGGACUAGCCUGGGACUCAGUAAUCUGCCUGCCUUUGCCUCCCAAGUGUUGGAAUUAAAGUGUCCACCAAGUCUGGGGAAAUUAAGUCUUAAUGGACUGCAGUAUGUAAACAAGUGAAAAACUGCCAUUGGCUUCAGUACCGUUGCCUUUAACUAUAUCCAAAGUAUCAAGUACGGAAGUUUGGAUCUUAGACUCAUUUACUACAGUCUUCCAUUUCAUAUCUAAUCUAGUCAUUAGGAUACCUAACAGGUCAGUUUAUCAUCUGUGUUGCAAAUGUUUGAUUAGAAAGGUGCAACUCUUGUCAAAUAAAAUUCCUGCUUACCAUCAACUGGUCAACAGACUGUUAUUGAAGUAGUAUGAAAUUGGUCAGGACUGCAGUCUAGAGUGAGAACUAUGUGUGGGUUACAGAUGCAGCAUCAGUUUGUCUGUCUCCUGAUUAUUUUUUCUUCUGUGUAAUAUUUAUUAUCUUAUAGUCUUGAGGUUCCGAAACAGAGUGAAGUGUAGAUAGCAAAAUUCUACUACCUCUUCUUAAACCCUUACAACACUCUUUUACCUAUGUCUGCCUCUGACACAGUAGUCACAUGAAUGGCGAUGCCCCUUUGAAAAUUACUCUUUUCCUUUAAAAGCAGUUUUACAAUAAAAUUUUGUUUAUAACCUU